UCAUCCACCUCUCCCUCAAGUCAUGCAUGCCUCAUGCUCACGCCGGGACGGAUAACGCCCGCCGCCCUGUUCUCCUGGGAGGCCGGCUGCCGCCAGUACUUCUGUCACUGUCCGGUGGAGGAAGCAAACCGCGUCGGUUUCGCGUCCGGUGGUUUUCAGGAUGCCCGGGUGAUGGACUGGUGGAUCACGAACUCAGCUACGCUCGAGGUGCUCUCGUUUGAGGCUUUCAUGGCUGUCUUCCGCAAGCAAUGGCUUCCGGCUAACUGGGCAAACGAGAUCGUCACCGCUAUGUUCCAGAGCAAACAGAACGAGGACAACUCCUUCGACGUCUGGGUCACUUCCCUGGAGAAGCAGAAUGCUUACCUCCGCGACACUACCCAUCGCCUCUCCAACACCGCCCUUCGCGGCCUCAUCACCGCGACCGCCUGUGAGGAGAUGCGCUUCCUCAUGUUGCGCUCCAAAUACUUCUCGCUGGACGAGUACUCCACCUGGAAAGCCGCGCUCAUCGUCUUCGACAACGAACGUCUCACCAACCGAAAGUGUCGUUUCUGCGAAUAUGAACAAUUCGCGCGCUCUAAGUCUGUCCCUACUCUUGGUUCCUCUAAGUCUCGCUCUGGGAGCUCGGUCUCCUCUACUGGCAACUCUGGGUCCGGCAAGGCUCGCACCACUGGCUCUGGGGGCUCUGGGAACUCGGUGAACACCGCUAGCCUCUCUAAGCCGAAGGUCCCCAGGUUGACAGAAGACGAGCGGCGGAUCCUCAUGGAGAACAACGGUUGCUUCAAGUGUAGACGCAUCGGCGCUGGUCACCAAUCGAAGGAGUGCCCUAAUGGCUUCCCCGAUCUCGCCGCCUACAACGCGAACUCGCUGGCUGAGCAACUCCGUCUGAAGUCCACCAAGAUCGACACUCCCAAGGUCGCGGCGAUAACCAUAAGCAAAGACGACAAUGACGAAGACUAUGUCAUGGCUGUCGCCGCCGUCACCAGCUCGCCCAUCGCGGUAUCGUCUGCGGUCCUGUCGGAUGGAGAUAGUUCGGAUGACGACGUGCAUGAUCCAUCCUUCUCCGUUCCCCAUGUUACGUGGCAUGUGCACGUAAAGUCUCCGUGCGAUAACCCAGAGGCAAUCACGUUGAUUGACACUGGGUCACCCCUAGCUCUGAUCCGCGACGACGCCGUUGAGCGCCUUCAACUGCGUCGGCGCAAGUUACAUACCCCCGUGCCACUGGGCAACACCUUCGACGGCGGAGAGACGUCAGCGAAGGAGUGGUGUAAAUUGACGGUUUCAACACCGGAUGGCUCUUGGACUUCUGUCUCUGUUUGGGCUCUCAUUGUCUCAUUAUUGUGUUCGCCCAUAAUUUUGGGAACUCCGUUUUUGUCGCGCAAUCGUAUUCUCGUUGAUUAUCAAUACCUCCAAGCGUGUUUUUCCCUGCGUCAACAUCGCGAUGUCAUCCGCGAACUGAAGUCUCAAUUCGGCAAGGAAGACGCGCUUCCUGCGCCGGUUGCACCCGUCGACUCGACCUCAAUGCCUCCAUGGGAUCGCGUGGCCACGGUCCGGGAGAGGGUCGAGGAGCUCGCGUUCCUCGAGACGCUUAAGCGUGAGGACGUGGCAAUGAAAACACAGUUCACUGACUGCUUCCCAGACGACAUCCCCCACCUCGACAGCUUACCAAAGGACGAAUAUCACCACAUUCGUCUCAAGGACGCCAACAUGACCAUCGUUCGUCGACAAUACGAUUGUCCGAAGAAGUAUCGGGAGGCUUGGAAG